AUGUCUUUAGUUGAACCAAAUUCUGGUACUUCUACACCGCUAGAAUCUACACAAUCAGAAUCAGAAACCAACUGUGAUCUUUCACGAAAAAAAAUUAGAAAAGGUGGCCCUGCCUUUGAUAAAGUGUGGGACUAUGUAAUUAAGGGCGAAAAAGUAAAUCCUGAACAUUACAAGACAGAAUAUUUUCAUGUGGAACGUCCUGGCAGAGAGAAUAUACCUGAAGAUAUUCAACAAUAUUGGGUCAAUAAACUUGCAGAAGAAAAUAAUUCUCAUAAAAGAGAUUCUCAAUUACAAGUAACUUUACCACCACAA